AUGGCUGAACAUAGAAAGAUGAUUGAGGCGGAGACCGAUGCAAAUAAAAGAAGUAAAUGGACUGAAAAGAUGGACCGGUGGAAUAAAGCACUUACAGAAGUUGCUGGUUUAAAAGGCAAUAACGUUAAUGGGAGGGUAGAGAAGGAAUUCAUUAAAGAAAUUGUCAAGGACGUCUACCAUAGAUUACAAGUAUCGUUACGGAAUCCUCUACCACUACUUAUUGGAAUGGAUCGUUCCAUUGAAUUUGUCACUUCAUGGUUAGAUAAAUUCUCAUAUACGACCGACGUACUCACCAUUUUGGGUAUGGGUGGGAUCGGGAAGACGUCUUUAGCCAAAUAUGUCUAUGGUUUACGUUGUCAUAAAUUUAAGAGAAGCAACUAUAUUGGAAAUAUCAGUAGGAAAUGUGAACAAAACUUUACUGGAUUGCUCCUUUUACAAAAACAACUCUAUGAUGACAUUUCAAGAACAAGUUCAAUUGAAGUUAAUGAUGUUUCUAUAUACACGUCAAUGAUAGAGAAUGUUGUGUCUCAUAAACAGGUGUUUCUAGUUCUUGAUGAUAUUGAUAGUCUCGUCCAGUUGGAUUCAAUGCUUGGAAGCAAAGGGUUUUAUCUGGGGAGUAAAAUUAUUGUUACAACAAAGGAUGCAUGGUUGACGAAGAGUUGUGUACUAUUCAAAAAGAAACUUGCACCCAAGCAUACCACGCACUUACUUAAUGUCUUAAAAGAGAAUGACUCACACGAACUUUUGUGUUUUCAUGCAUUCAACUCAAACCAUCCCAAGGCAGGUUAUAAAGAGGUGUCAAAUAAGUUUGUGAAGUAUUGUGAAGGACAUCCAUUGGCUCUCGAAGUUUUGGGAAAGUCUCUAUAUAAUCGAGAUGUAGCUUACUGGGAAGAUGUUCUAGAACAGCUAGAGAAAGAAACCGGUUCUCCUAUAGAUAAUGUCUUGAAAAUGAGUUUGGACUCUUUGUCAUCAAAAAAUGAUAAAGAUUUGUUUAAGCAUAUUGCUUGUUAUUUUGUUGGAACAAACAGAGAUGUUAGUGAAACAAUAUUAAAGGCAUGUCGUAUAAACACAACAUCAGGGAUCACGAAUCUCAUGGACAGAUGCCUUCUUAGUAUCGGAGAGAAUAAUGAAUUCAUGAUGCAUCAGUUGCUUCAAAAGAUGGGUAGAUUCUUAGUAUAUCAAGAAUCACCUGAGAAGCCAUGGAAGCGAAGUCGAUUAUGGUUUCAUGAGGAUUCAUUCAAAGUGUUGAAACAAAAAAAGGGUAAGGGGAAUCUUCUUGGCCUUGCUCUUGACAUGCGAAUGCUUAAGAAAGGGAAUUCGUAUGCAUCUUUUAAGAUGGAAACAAAUGCACUGAGUAACAUGGAAAAUCUAAUGCUUCUACAACUCAAUUAUGUUCAAUUUAGUGGGUCUUAUGAGAAUUUCCCGGACGAAUUAAGAUGGUUGUGUAUGCAUGGAUUUCCAUUAAAGUCUAUACCUUCAGACUUACCGAUGGAGAAUUUGGUUGCUCUUGACAUGUCAUAUAGCAGCAUUGAAUCACUUGGCAUUUGUUAUAGCAAUCCACAACUUGAGAGUAGGAAAAAGUUGAUCGAGUCGUGCUCAAAAGACAAAAGCUUGCUUGGGUCACUGAAGAUUCUUAAUUUAAGUUUCUGUGAACAACUUCGAAGUUUAGGAAGCUUUGAAAAAGUUCCUUCACUUGAAAUGUUAAUACUUACAAAUUGCAUUGGCUUGCUUGAGGUCUGUGAUUCAAUCAUGCAUUGUGUUGAACUUGCUGUCAUUGAUAUGAGCUACUGCAACAACCUUGAUCAUUUUCCAAGAACCUUACACAUGUUAAAGAAGGUUAAAACACUAUUGCUAGUUGGUUGUAACUCUAGUAAAUCACGAAUCGAGAUUAGGGAUAUUGUUUCACCAGGAAUACCUACAGAAUCGUUGAUUGUACCAAGAGAUUUUAAGCUUUUAUCAGUUUCAUUGCCGAGAUCUUUGGUACGAUUGUCACUUGCAAAUAAUGACUUGGCCACAGAAUCCUUUCCCACGAGCUUUGUUUGGCUAUCCAUGUUAAAGGAUUUAAACUUAGAUGAAAAUCCUAUGAUUUCCAUGCCCGUAUGUGUGAGAAGCCUUCCAAGUCUUGAGUCACUUAGUAUGAAAAACUGCAAAAUGCUGACAUCAGUUGAGCGUCCUCCACAUACACUAACAUAUCUGGACCUAUAUUUAGGUUCAAAGAAGGCUAUGCUACGAAAAAUUGUAUUUGAUCCAAAAGUAACUACCCCGCUUCAGUUCUCAAUAGACUGGAGGCUGUUAGCAUCUUCUUCAUUUGAAUUUGAAGGCUUGAUCAAAAUCCAACCAAUUGCAAGCAUUGAGAAAAAACUAUUACGUAGUUUGGGCUGGAUUGACCUCGAUUUCCUAAAUGAAAGACGUUUGGUAGCAGAGCCUGUGUCUAAAGGAAGAGAAGAAUCUAAAACACAGAUGUAUUACGAAUUUGGAAUAUUCAGCACCAUUUACGUUGGCAAAGAGAUUCCAGAUUGGAUUACAUGUAAAAGAAAGGGGCCAUCGAUAUCAUUUAUCAUCCCAUCAUCUCUUAAACAGUUCAGAGGAUUGAAUUUUUGCUAUGUGCUGACAUCUCGAGUUCUGAAUGAGAGUCUUGGAAUUGUAGAGCAAGAUCAGGUCCUUGAUUUGCCAAUGAUCAUAAUUAGUAAUAUAACCAAAAAACACACCUGGAUAUACCAUCAUUAUGUUUACAGAGUCCGUGUAGAUGGGGAUUUUGCAAUAAUGUUAAGCCAUUGGAUGUUUGGGAUGAAUGAGAUGGAAGGUGGUGAUGAAGUCACUAUUGCUACAACACAGGACCUUGGACUUACAGAGGAGGUUGGAGUUGGUUUUAUGUAUGAUGAUGGAAACACAGAUGAAGAAGAUGCAUUGGGCUAUUACAAGUCUUGGAAUCAUAUCAUUGGUGGAGAUCUUUUAGGAUUUCAAACAACAACAGGCGAAUACAUCCUGAAUAGCACUCGGUUUUUGUCAUCUGGCCGUGUAGUAUUUCCAUACUAUCUUCCAUACAUUGGAGACGAACCCUAUUAUAAAGAAAACCAAGUGCAUUUCAGAGUUUUUUCUGUAAGGAAGUCUAACAUAGUUGGUGGCGUACAUGAGGAUGAAACAGUGUUGUACAAUAGACCCUCGAAAAUGUUGAAGAUAUAA